AUGCCUGCGGACAUUCGCAGUUUCUUUGGAGGCAAGACUUCCACGCCCAUCCGGGAAAAAGAGGUCAAGAAAGAAGAGGUUUCCACUAAGAAAAAAAGCAAAAGCCGCAAAGUUAUCGAAGAUAGUGAUGACGAUGAAGAGCCAACCAAGAAGGCUACACCCAAGAAAGUAGCGCCCAAGAAGGCCACCAAGAAGGAAUCUCCGAGGGGCGAGGAAACCAGCACCGCAGACUACUUUGCCUCGAGCAAAAAGCCCAAAACAGCCAAAUCUACACCUGUCAAAGCCAAGGCAACUCAAAAAGUCGAGAGCAGUGGGCGGUCCUCAGCUCGGAAGAAGACAACCACCUCAUACAGCGAGCUCAAAGAUGAUGACGAAUUUGCCUUCCUGGACGAUGGAGACGACGCCCCCGAUGAUAUUUUUGCGGCAGACGUCAAGAAGGGUGGCAAGCGGAAGGACGACGGAUACGUCGAGAUAGAUAGCGAUGAUGAGCCGAUAGUCAAGCCCAAAAAGACGACCACGAAAUCCAAGCCGACCCUUACGAAGAAGCAAGAUGUGGAGAUGAAGGAUCCAGACGAUUUUGUCAUGGUUGAUGACAGUGACGAUGCAAUGGUGAUCGACAAGCCGGUAGCAAAGACCACGGGUAAGAAGCGCAAGUCUCCAGUCCUAGAAUCGGAUUCGGAAGAGGACGAUAUCAAACCCAAUAUCAAGUCUGUAAAGAGUAAGUCUGCAAAAGAGCCUCCUGCCAAGAAAGCGCGGGCUCCGAGGAAAACGAAAGAACCCGAACCAGAGAGCGCAGCACUCCAGGCUAUCAUGGAUUCUAUUCCAACGGUCCGAGCACCCACUCCCCCAGCCCCAGAUCCGGAUGCGAAAUUUGAUUUCAGAAAGGGGGGAGCAGGCGGAGGAAAUUCUGGGGCACCACCUGCAGCGGGCAUCAAGGAGAUACCUACUGGAGAGGACAAUUGUCUGGCAGGCCUGAACUUUGUCUUCACAGGACUGCUCGAAACCUUGUCCAGAGACGAAGGAACUGAGCUUGUCAAAAGAUAUGGCGGCAAGGUCACAGGCGCUCCUAGCGGCAAGACAAGUUUUGUUGUCCUUGGAAACGAUGCUGGACCAAGCAAGCUUCGCAAGAUCCAGGCCCUGAAGAUCAAAACCAUAAACGAGGAUGGUCUCUUUGCUCUUAUCAGCAAAUUGCCUGCCGAUGGUGGAGAUGGCAAAGCUGCGGAAAAGAGCAUAGAGAAGAAGAAAGCAGAAAUGGAAAAGAUCAAGAAGGAUGCGGAAGAAAUGGAAAGAGAGGAAAAGCGAAAGGCGGCUGAAUUCGAGAAGGCCGAGAAAGAGGCUCGGAAACGCGCCGCUGAGAAAGGUUUCGCGGCACCCCCUCCUGUCAAGAAGGUCGACCCGAAUGCGCAACUGUGGACAAGCAAAUAUGCCCCCACGGCUAUCAACCAGAUAUGUGGUAACAAAGCCCAAGUAGAAAAGAUCCAAGCUUGGCUCAAGGGCUGGCCAAAGGCGCAUAGACAUAAUUUUCAGAUGAAGGGUGCUGAAGGUCUUGGGGGAUAUCGGGCAAUUAUCAUUCAUGGCCCUCCUGGGAUUGGAAAGACAACCGCUGCACAUAUGGCAGCCAAGCUUUCUGGCUACGACGUUAUUGAGAGCAACGCAAGUGACACUCGAAGCAAAAAGCUCGUUGAAUCUGGUCUCAGCGAGGUGCUGAAUAAUACUUCUCUGAAUGGGUUCUUUGCAGGCGAUGGCAAGGAUGUCAAUCUCCAGAAGAAGAAGAUUGUUCUGAUUAUGGACGAGGUGGAUGGAAUGUCAGCAGGAGAUCGCGGUGGAGUGGGAGCCCUUGCAAAGGUGUGCAAAAAGACAGACAUCCCCAUGAUUUUGAUAUGCAACGAGAGAAAGCUGCCGAAGAUGAAGCCAUUUGACUUCGUCACCUUCGACAUUCCGUUCCGGCGACCAACACUUGAGCAAGUCCGGUCUCGGAUUGCCACCAUCUGCCACAGAGAAGGCCUGAAGCUCCCUGGAAAUGUCAUCGAUGCUCUUAUUGAAGGCAGCAACAGGGAUAUUCGACAAAUUAUCAACAUGAUAUCCACGGCGAAGCUGGAUCAAUCUGCUAUGGACUUUGAUCAGGGCAAGGCAAUGUCCAAGGCUUGGGAGAAGCACAUUGUUUUGAAACCCUGGGACAUUUGUCACAAGUUACUUGGGGGAGGCAUGUUCGCUCCAUCAAGCAAGGCUACUCUGAAUGACAAGAUUGAACUCUACUUCAACGACCACGAAUUCAGUUACCUGAUGAUCCAAGAAAAUUAUUUGAGCACAAAGCCGGCGCUCGCCUCGAACAUGGAUGCUCGGGAAGCAAGACUGAAGGCCCUACAGCUCGCCGACCAAGCCGCUGAAAGCAUUAGUGACGGUGACUUGGUGGAUAGAAUGAUCCACGGGUCACAACAGCAAUGGAGUCUUAUGCCAACCCACGCCGUGUUCAGUGCCGUCAGACCCGCUUCUUUCACGGCUGGCCUCAUGACAGGACAGACAGCUUUCACAAAGUGGUUGGGUAACAACAGCAAGCUGGGAAAGCUCACUCGAUUUGUUAAAGAGAUCCAGUCGCACAUGCGCCUGCGAACAUCCGGAGAUCGCCACGAGAUCCGUCAGCAGUAUCUACCGGUACUAUGGACCCAAAUGAUCAAGCGGCUUGAGCUUGAGGGCAAGGAUUGCGUGGAAGAAGUUAUUGAUCUGAUGGACAGCUACUUUCUCACCCGGGACGAUUAUGACUACAUUAUGGAGCUUGGCCUGGGACCUCAAGAUAUGGAGAAGGUUCAUCUGGAGACCCAGACCAAGGCCAGCUUCACCAGACAGCAAGUCCCCAAAGAUCUUGACGCAUACAACUCCCGAACUCAUCCCCUUCCGUUCAUGAAGGCUAGCAGUGCCAAUGUCCCUGCCGCCGCCAAAAAGGCCGCCCCAGAUCUAGAAGAAGCGUUCGAAGAGGAGGACGAUGAUGUAGAAAUUGCAGAAGUCAAGGACGAUGACGAGGAGGCUGACUUGAAGAAAGACAAGUAUAUCAGGCAGCCGAAAGCCAAGAAGGCCACUGGGGUGAAGAAAGCGCCGAGGAAAAAGAGCGCCAAGGAUGAGGAUGAUGACGAGGGCGAAGAUUCGGAGGAGGAUAUCAAGCCGAAGAAAAAGGCCAAGGCUAAGGCCAAGUCAGCAGCGACGAAGGGAAAGGGAAAGAAAUGA